AUGGUCAAUACAAAAGUCACUACAAGGAUCAAUCCAACCAAUCCCCCCCAAGCAACCGCACAAAAAACUCCGGAAACCGCAGCUCACAGCCCUGCCACAAUAGGGGAAAGUACGGUUGAAUCGCAUAGCGAUUCCAGCAAUCAUGAGGUCGAGAAGGAUGCACAGACGGAAAAGGAAAAUAGUGCAAGUAACCACAAUGCCAAGACCAUUACUUCAAUCGUGUCGAAUCCCGACGACAGUGCAAGCAGAGACAACACUGAUGCCACGCCCGUUUCUAGUACCACCACGGAAGGUGAAGACUCGCCUGCUUCAAAUAUUGGUUCCUCUCAUCCCACAGGAAAGAUAAAUAAUGCAAAGAACCACACUGUUAAUACGACCAUUUCUCCAACCGUGCCAAAUUCUCAAGGCGAUUCUGAGGCAUUGGAGAGUGUUAGCAGAGACAACACUGAUGCCACACCUGUUUCUAGUACCAAUACGGAACGUGAAGACUUGCCUGCUUCAAACAGUGGUACACUUGAUCCUAGAGGAAAGAAAAAUAGUGCAAAGAACCAAAGUUUUGAGGCAGCUACUCAAUAUGUGUCAAUCCCUCACAAUGAGACCAAGGCAUUGGGCGGCAAGAGUAACAGUGGAAACAACUCUGGUGCUGCAGUCGUUUCUAAUACCACCACACAAGUGGAAGGUUCCGCGACUUCCAAUAGUUCCAACGGAGACAGCCCUGAUGUCCCGCCCGCUUCUCUGACUGCCUCCGAAUCACCCCCACGAUUUGCUGCCGCGGGUCAUGACGGAAAUAGCGGCAGCGGCAGUAGUGGCAUUGAGUAUCUUUUGGCCCCGCUGGCUUUGGCUGGAUGCAUGGUCCUUGCUUUUACUGGGUUCAUGGUGCGACGGAAUCGCGUGCAGAAAAAUAAAAUGAAUGCUGGUAUGACGGUGUUCGAAGGCAUUGAAAAGACAUCCCGAGAACCCAAAACCUGGGAUAAGAUCAACGUACUGGGAGAGGCAGACCGGACACAGGACCAGACACAGCCGAAGAGUGAACUAGCAGACAAGCACAUCACAGCGCCACAAUCUGAUCGCUCUAGCACAAGUACCCCGCAAGCCCAGGAAGUCCCUCGUUUAAAUGUUGGACAAGUGCCGGCUUACUCGCCGGAUGCAUCCGUUUUCGAAGAGGACGUCGACACACUUGCCCAUGUUCUUGGCUCGCCUCUUCCACCGAGACGGGCACAGUCCACUGCCACCACGAGCACUCACACCAAACAGGCGUCUGCGAGGGGUGAGUUGCAGCUGUCUGGUCAGGACCUAGCUUUACCUAGCAGCACUGCUGGCAUGCCCGUCAGUCAACCACGUGCUGCCGAGGUUGCCGAUAACUUACACAGCAAGCGACAUUCUGCUCAAACCAUUGGACGAGAGAUACAAAUGCAGCAUGAUAGGACAGUACAGAUGCACACCAUGGUGGCGCGCAGCAAUCAAGCCAGUGAGCGCAAAGCCCAAUCCCAGUCCCAGUUCCCCAACGUGGCAGAUCCUGCAGAGCCCUCAGUCCAGAGGGAUGAAACCCACCAGGGCGUCCAUGCACUGCAGAUCAAACAGCGCAUGCUAGGACUACAAUAGCCUGCCAGAGUCGAUUUCAAGGGUGUGGUCAGUGGGAUUGCUCGUGACGACAGCUUCUGAAGUGCAACUAGCUCCAAUGCUAGCAGCACCACACUCGUCCAA